UUAAGUUAACUUUAUUUUUACCCUGAAAAUGAUGACGUUUUUAUCAUAAUAUCGUUUACGCGUAAUUUACAACUUUUCCUUUCAAAAACUGGGUUAAUAUGACACAAGAGAGUUAUACAGUUGGACUCAUAAGAGUUGGUGACAAUGUUAAAAAGUACAAACUCAUUGAUUUCCGGGAAAAAAAUGAGGUUACAAUCGGAAGAUCACAGGAUGCCACGUUUUGCAUUUUAUCCACCAUGAUCUCACGCUGUCAUGCAGUGUUUAAAAAGGAGGGAGAUACUUGGAGCAUCAGAGAUAACAAGAGCCUUAAUGGGGUAUUCAUAAACGGAAAAAGACUAGAACCACACAAACCUUACAUUUUAGAUGACACUGAUAAAGUUCAGCUCGGAGUUCCGAAAGAUGGUGAGCAAACAGCCGAGUUUAUUUUUACGUUUCAUUACAAGAUCAAAGUGAAACGAGCAAGACCAAAGAGUGCUGAUGAACCAGACUGCUCAAAAAGCACACAGAAUAGUAGAGAUCAAUGUCCAUUGAAAAGAAUGAAAUUGAACUCUCAUGAAAACAAUAUGAAUGAAAAACCAUCAUGCUCUAAGGGAAACAUUUACAAAAAGCCACUACCAUUUGAUGAUUACAAGGACAAGCUAACCAAACAACAGGGAGUAGCUGAUGUGAAAUUAAAUGAAUUUGAAUUAAAACUUGCUGAGAUGCAGAAAGUGCUGAGAGAAAAGGAGGAAGAACAUGAAGAGAUGAGGAGGCGAUUAGAGGCAGAGAAACAGGAACGAGAAAACCAGACGUUACAGAUGAAGGAGAAGCUAAAGGAAAAAGAAGUUCAGCUGGAAAACCAGACAAGUGAAUUGAGAGAGAUGCUGAAAGAAAAGGAAGAGGAAUUAAAUUCGGAAUUACAGAAACGAGAGGAAGAUGAGAGAAAAAUGAAGGAGGAUCUGGAGAACCAGCUAAUGAGCAGAGAGGCCGAACUUUUGGAGCAACUUCAGUCACAGAAAGACGCCCUCGUUAUUGAAAAACAGAAAGUGGAGGGUGAUUUACAAAAAGCCAUGGAGAGGGCAAUAGAGGAGAAGAAUAAAGAACUGGAGGAGCAGCUUCACAAAGAAAAGGAAAGGCUUGAGAAGGUUAUUACUCAGAAGGAAACAGAACAGAAAAUGCUGGAAGCCCAGCUACAAGCCACAAAACAAGAGAAUAACCAACAGUCUGAGGCCAUUCUCCAGACACGUCAGGACAUCCUAACCAACUUCUCUGACCUGAUAGAGACCGAGCUGCAGUGUAGUAUUUGUAAUGAGUUGUAUAUACAGGCGACAUCUCUGAACUGUUCCCAUUCUUUUUGUGCUCUGUGUAUUGCUGAGUGGAUGAAAGUGAAGAAGGAAUGUCCAAUCUGUAGAGCGCCAGUCACCUCCCAAAUGAAAUCCAUUGCUCUUGAUAAUUAUAUUGACACAAUGGUGGAACACCUCAGUGAAGAGCUAAAAACCAGAAGAAAACACCUGGUGACUACCAGAAAAGAGGAACAGGCAAAGAUAGAAAAAGCUAAACAAGAAGCAGCAAGAGCCAAUGACAGAGGAGGCAGACAGGGAAGGGGGAGGGGCCGAAGAAGAGGUGGGCGGGGUCAAGGUGGGCGGGGUCAAGGUGAGCGGGGCCAAGGUGGGCGGGGUCAAGGUGGGAGGGUACAGCGUCAGGCCCCAAACACAACAGAAAACAGAGAGGGUCAUCGUCCAAUCAUAAUCGAGAGCGAUGAAGAGACAGACACUGGGAAUGUGGUGGUUGGUGUGGUGGAAGAGGAAGUGGAAAUGGAGGAUUUGAGUGACGAUAGUAGCAGUGACAGUGAUGCCCAUUUCUACAGUGAUCUCUCAGAUGAAGAUGCAAUUGAUGGAGAACCUGGAGCAUAUUAUGGAGGAUAUGGGCAUUGUUACAGAUGUGGUCACAGGGGACACUGGGCCAAUGGAUGUCCAUAUAGGUAGAAGAAAUUCCUUACACUAGGUAGCUCCUUGUGUAUUCUUUACAUUUUAGUGUAUUCUUUACAUUUCAGUGUAUUCUUUACAUUUCUGUUCAUUCAUUAUUUUAUCUUCGACAAUGGGUUGUUUUAAAUGUUAUACAUUGUACAUUAGUGUGAGACAUAGCAGUAGAUGUCUUGUCUUCAAUAAAAUAAUGGAAAAGAGAA